AUGCCUCCGAAAAAGAAAACUUUUGUCAAGAGAAAGAAAAAAAAGGUGACCAAAAAAGAGACUCAGAAAACAUCUGAGAAUAACAAGACUCUUCCAGAGGCUCUUAAAGCUGAUUUUGUACCAUCGCCCUCAGUGCUGAGGGAAAAGAUACUGGCUUUUCUGCAGGAAUGGAAAGAUGAACAGCAGGAGAUGGCUAAGAGAGAACUGUCAGACAAAAUUCACCAGGAACUGACAGCCCAGGACAUAAGGGAUCUCAGGCUAGUGUUUGACACUACUGACACAAGGAAUGCAGGGUAUCUUAGUUCCAAUGAAGUCUGUACAGCUCUGCAGACCUUAGGAUUUCUUGUCAACCAACAAGACCUGAAGAAAACGAUGAGGAAUUUGAGACUUUCUAAAGAAGAGGGAGUAAGUUUCUCUGAUUUCCUUCAGAUUGUAAUGGAGCACCAGGGAGAUUCGAGAGACACUUACGAGGAGAUUAAACUGGGAUUUAGUCUCUUUGACUGUGAUGGUGAUGGGAAGAUUACUUUUGACAAUCUUAAAGAUGCUUGCAAAUCUGCAGGCGUCCACUUUUCACAUCAUGAUUUGCGGGAGAUGAUCAAGGAAGUGGACACAAAUGGUGAUGGUACAGUUGACAUGGAAGAGUUCAUCAAUCUCAUGCUACAAACAAAUUUGUUCUGA